AUGAACACAAGCAGUGAUUUGGUUGAAGCAGAAAAGACUGGCAUUAAAAUUGUGGAGUCUCCGUAUGCCAUAUCCUUCAAAGACGUACCAAAGUACUUCAAGCCGGGCCUGCCCUUGGACUUCACAAUCCAAGUGAGCCAACAUGACGGUUCUCCAGCUAGAAACGUCAUAGUCAAGGUGACAUUUCUAGACACGCCCUUGGUUGUGUCCUCCGCCACCACCAGAGCCACCGUCAACAUGCCUCCACAACAACGCGCACAAACCAUCACUGCUGAGACGGUGCAGGCUGGACUCAGGCCAGAGCAGCAGGCCAAACAACAGAUCACUGUUCAGCCGUUCGCCGCCUUAAGUAGCCGUAAACCAAACUACCUGUACAUCUCCACAGGGACCAACACAGUGUCUGUUGGAGACAGCGUGUCCCUGAAGAUGAGCAUCACAGUUGCAGACCCAACACACAGACAAUACAUCACACACAUCACCUACCUGGUGGUGAAUAAAGGCAAAAUCAUUGUUGCUGAGCGUUUGGAUGUGGCAGGUCAGCUGCUCACCAGUGUCGGACUUCAUAUCACUCCGGAGAUGAUGCCCUCUUUCCGCUUUGUGGCGUUCUACAGUAUCCCCUGGGAUGAGGGUCAUGAGGUGGUGCCGGACUCCAUCUGGGUGGAUGUGGAAGAUUCCUGCGCUGGAGGGCUGAAUGUCGGGCCGGUCGACGGCAUAGCUCGAGACUACACGCCUGGAAAGAGCUUUAGUUUCCAGAUCAGAGGUGACCCGGGGGCAAAGGUCAACCUGGUGGCCGUGGACAACGCUGUGUUUCUCCUCAACAGGGACAGACUUACACAGGGGAAG